AGUUUCGCCCUGGUGCGUUCGCCGCUCGCCGGCAUUGUGUUUCCUCGGUAUUUCCUGAUGUCGUUUUAUUUAUGUGAGCUCCGCUAACCCAGGACGUUGCAACGAUUCGCGAAUUUUCCAAUCCUCUUCUUUAAACCAAUACUUUAAUCAAUGUGAUCUUCUGAGCGAUUUAAAGAAAAACAUUUCAGGUGUGGAUGUGCCAGUAUUUAUUAUAGGUGACUCUGCAUUUCGUUUACGUGACAAACUCAUGAAGCCAUAUCCUUUCCACGUUUGGCAAAGCCGCCAACAAAAGCACAUCAACUAUGCACUAUCCAAGUCCCGUAGAGUAGUGGAAAAUGCAUUUGGGCACCUGAAAGCACGCUUUAGGCGCAUUGGAAAAGGCAUUGAUAAUUCUUUAAAAAAUGCUUGCGCUAUAAUUUUGUCGUGUUGCGUUCUUCACAAUUUCUUAAAUGAAAAUAAUGACGCGAUAAAUGAAAAUUGGAUGCAAGCCUUACAAACUGCAGAAGCAAACCGCACAUACCCUCAGCACGUUGCGUCACUAACGGAGCUAAGCAAUAACCCAGAAGGAAUAAGGAACGCAAUUGCUACUCUUUUGUCGGACGACGACGGUGUCGAUGAUGACCAGGGAACGGAUUUUUAGGACCUAAAAACCUAUAAAAAAGGCAAAAUAAAAUAACGAAAU